AUUGAUCAUGCAAUCCGGAAAGCCAUUGGUUAUGAAGCUCCCGAUCUCAGCUACCACAUACGAGCUUAAGACAGAGAUCCAGAGUCUGCUCAAUAUUCAGCCGGAAACAUUGAAGCUUUCUGUGUCUGAUGUAACGUUGGCCGAUUUAGAUCUUAUAGUAGAAGUUACUGCGUUGGGCGGGAAUGAAAGUGUGAGGCCGAUUAUGUCGUGCUACGACGGCAAUAAUUUUGUGGGCCAGAUUAUGGUUGAGCAUGUCUUGGUUGAUAGUCAGAGUUCAUCGGACUCUAGCUUUGAGACUGUAUCAUCGGACAGUAGCCAGCUCUCUCUGAGUGAGACUAAGCGGUUCAAAAAGGAUCUCAAAUCUAGUGAGGAGAGUGUACAAAGCCCCUCGUAUGGAUGUAUGAAGGAGGCAUGCGGUAUGGGAGGCUGCGGUAUUAAAGCCAGACCACGCCCGGUUAAAUCUGAAAUUGAAAUGGAACCGUAUGUUAUAAAUGGUCAGCGGCCCCCUUUCGUAAACAUACUCCCAGAAAACAGGCAGUUUGUGGUAGUUGUUUCUUCCUCGGAGUGUGAGAAACCCUUUUGCGAUCUCUUAGAAGAGUUCUUUGGGUUUGUUUUGGAUUAUAGAAACGUUCGCUGCCUAAAUUUUAAUGAGGUGACUCCGGUGACGGAGUAUGACGGACGACUCUUUAUCGCAGCUGCCGACGAAGACACUAUGGAGUGGGUGGAGCGCAACGUAUGUGCCAUGGAAUCAUAUGGGGCUGUUAGUCUCAUAAACUUCCUGCACCUAACAGUGGCAAGAGUUAAGUGGCCAAAGGUCGAGAAUUGUUUGGAGCGAAUUUUCACGCUCCUGGAACGUCAGAACUCUGACAUUAAUACGGAGAAGUGGGCUGUGGUGAGCCGCGAAAAUGUACCCCCUAUAGUCACUGAUAUUUGUCCCAAUGAACAGGUCGAGAUCUGGAUGGAUGCGGACAGUGUAGAUAUCAUCAAGCAGAGAUGCAACCGUCUCAAACUAUCUUUUUGGAUGAUCGUAUUUGAGUUUUGCGAUUAGAUGCUUAUAUAUUUUCAUUUUAUCGAAUUUAUAUUUUGAAAUGUUAAAAAAAAAAAGUUACGAUUACGGCAAC